AUGGAUCCCAUUGUUAAGAAGCUGUUAGAGGGAAAGCCAGAAGACGAGAAAUACCAGGCUAUAGCCUUUUCAUUCGCAUGCCUAUUAACCGGACCAAGGGCAAACCAAAGCCGCGACGCGCCGUUCAACAGUGGUAAGAUUUUAGGCCUGUUGACUUUAAAGUUUCUUCUCGCGUUUUGUCUUGUGGUCAUGUACUAAAUCGAAUUUAUCCUUCUCCUCAGAAGAACACGUGCCGAAGAAAGAUGCGGACCGCGAACCGAAGUUUUCCUUCGAAGAAGUAAACGACGACGAAGAAGAUUCUUCAGGUACCGUUUGA